AGAUUCCGUAUGCGUUUGGCUAAAUUUAACUAUAAUAUCGUGUAUACGCCGGGAAAAGACUUAAUAGUGCCGGAUGCCUUAUCUCGUGCUCCAUUAUGCACUGAAUCCGAUAAAGACAUUUUACUUGAAGACGCAGACAUUUAUGUAAACUCUAUUAUUAAAGAGGUAUCAGUGGAUUUCAUUCCCGAAGAAAAGAUCAAGAAGGAACAACAGUUUGACGAAGGACUACAAUGUGUAAAAGAAUAUAUCAAAAGUGGAUGGCCUAAGAAGAAUAAAGUAAACGACUCAGCAAAAGAAUACAUAAAAUUUGCAAACGAUUUAAAAAUAGUCGAUGCUACACUCACAUACCGAGACCGUAUAGUAAUACCCAGAGAAGCGAGAAGAUGGUGUCUCAAUCUAAUCCACGAAGGACAUCAAGGAAUUAAUAGAUGUAUAGCUAGAGCAAAGGACUCAGUGUGGUGGCCAGGCAUACGAAGAAACAUAAUUAGUACUGUCGAAAACUGUGAGAACCGAUGAUUAUAACACAAAUACCAGGAAAAC